UUGGUGCGCCUGUUGUCCUGUCAGCACCUGUCAAGUGUCACCACACAGAUUUUGAAAAGGGGCGAUUUCCGCUUAUAAUUUUGUUGCUUCCAGCUACCGAAAGUAAAAUUCAUAUCAUGGAGAAAUCCAACCAAGAAGUCCUGGAGCAGGACCUGCAAGAGGAGGGCCAAUUCGUGGUGGACGACGUAAGUAAGAUUAUAAAAGACGCGAUCGAGACGGUGAUAGGGGGCAACGCCUACUCGCAAAACAAAGUCAACGACUGGACGACCUCAGUUGUGGAGUGUUGCACGUCGGAGCUAACCAAACUGAUGAAACCGUACAAGUACAUCGUCACGUGUACCAUAAUGCAGAAGAAUGGGGCUGGUUUGCAUACGGCUAGUUCGUGUUACUGGGACAACAACACCGACGGGAGUUGCACAGUUCGUUGGGAAAACAAGACCAUGUUUUGUAUCGUAUCUGUGUAUGGGUUAGCUAUUUAAUUUCGUUUCGAGCUAUGACAACUUUGCCUUCAAAGAAUGAUUAAUUUAUCUUUAAUUGUAAGUUUAUACUCUAGUGAUUGUUACGUAUUCAAUAUAAUUUUUUUUAUUUGG